UUUCUCUCCGGGAGGGAGAGGCAAGAUGGCGGCCGGCGGGGGCUUGGCCGGCCUUCUACCCGCGCAGAGCCAGCUGGACUGCGCGCUGGAGGAAGCGACGACGGCUCAGGAGAAGGAGAACCUGGUAUAUCAGCACCUGCGGAAGGUGGACACCUGGGAGCGGGAUUUGAAAGUCCCCGAGUUCGGAGCAGGUGAGCUUUGAGGAUUGGACGAGAAGGACCUCCGCCAAAAGCCCAGCGCUGAGACGCCGCCUUUCCGCGCAUCCUCAAGCUCUCGCAGCGCGAAUUGGUGUUCCUCCUGUCGUCCCUUUCCGCUCAUCGUCUCUUUCUUUCUGGGUGCUGGAAACUAGAUGUUGCAAACGACGUUUGCAAUGGAUUUUUUUUUAAUGCAAUGGGUUUUUGCAGUCUUGAAACUUAAGAGAACUCUUUUGCAUUCUUCUCCCCGCCGCCAACCCCCUGUAUAUACACCAGUUUUUCUCCUCUCUUCAGAAAUGAAAGGGGACACAGGCACCUGCAUUGGUAAUAGCUACAUAGAAAAGAGAGUUGCAUGCAGAAGUGAAAAACAGUUGCACCUGCAAAAUUAUUCUGGGUCUCUCUUACAUCUUUAAAAAAUAAUCCAGAAUUAAACGGAUGGUCCUGGCCCCCAUCACAUUCACUUUAAACUCUUUCUUUGGUCGCAAGCAAUGUUAAGCAACACAUUCCAGAUUAAAAAUAAUAGUAUCAGUGUUGACAACUCCCUUUUCCUCCACCCUUUCAGCAAAUACAUAAGGUACAAGUGGGAACUGUAAUCUCAGUAGCUGAUGCUUAGAUCCAGGGGCAGUAAUUAUGUUGUUGUAUUUGUUCACUAUCUUGGGAAACAAGGCUGCAACUCCAUUCAUGUUUACUCCAAAGUUAUUUGUUAACUUGUACUUACGCCAAAUCAUUGGAUAUUUGGCUGCCCGAUGCCUGAGACCAGAUUGCUCAGUUGGUUAGAGCAUGGUGCUGAUAAGACAUUGGUUGCAGGUUCGAUCCCUGUAUGGGACAGCUGCAUUGUAGGGGGUUGGACUAGAUGAUCCUCAGGGUCCCUUCCAAUUCUAUGAUUCUAUAAAAAAGCAAUGACUACCUUGCUGCAUGCAGAGUUCUGCCCCAUACACAGUUGAAAUGCAAUAUGUGUCUAUUCAGAAGAGGCAGUGCAAUCCCAACCCUCACAUCUGUGUUGGAGGGGGUUUGGGCAAAGGUGGAUUUAGGGGAGUGAAGCCAAUUCACCCACACUGGAGACUGAGCCAAGAGGGUACGCUGCAACAAUGAUGAUGGGGGGGGGAGGAAGAGAUUUUGGUGUCGCAAAGGACCACUAAAAUUUGAAAGCCCAAACUCAGUCACUGGUUUGGUUGAAGUGUCCCUGCACACAGUCCUGCCUGCCUCUGCUGGUGGGUUAGCACCACCAGUGAGGAUCACCCCAGUGCAUCCACCCACAUGACAGGUGAAAGCUACCACCAGUGGAACUCAUUGAAGUGAGGCUAGGCGGGCACUACAAUGUGGUGGUUGGAUAAGUAACAGAUGCAAGUUCUCAUUGUUUCAGACUUCGACACUAGUAUUAUAUCCCACUAAUUUGUUGGUUCAAACUACUUCAGAUUACCUGUUAUUUCGACAGAAGGUAAUAAUGCCAACUAACCGUGCUUAAUUGUAUAUAUAUUGAGAAUUAUUCCACAAGAAAGAUGGGUAAAAAAAUACAACCAACUACUAUUAUUUCACCUUGCAAAGAAUAGUAACUGCCAACUACUUUUCCUUAUGAGUUAAAAUUGCCAGUUAUGAAAGUGGAUGCUUAAGAAUUAGCUCCACUUCAAGUUAGUGUAUGGUUAUAUAUCAUAUAUGUCAACAUCAAAAUUGAAUAAUAUUAUUUUGUUGUCAAAAAGAUUCUUUAACAAAAUGAAAAAUACUUUUGGACGUGUGGCUGUUUGUUUUUGAAAGUUAGCAUGCCUGAAUGUGAAAUAGGGUAGUUUUCCAGUUUUAUGUUAGGUUGGUUAUCUUGGGAGUCCUGAAAAAAUACAGAUUAUGAAAUAUUAAGUAGAUGUAUGUAUGAAAAGUUUUCUUUUUAAUUUGAAUGUAGCAGUAGUCAUCUGCUAUUUUUGAAUUUGCAUAGUUCCUUGCACUUUUGCUUCUUGAAAGUAAUGGAGUUAUUUGCCCUCUGAUUUCAGAUUUACAAUGGCUGAAUACAGAAGAAUCACUGUCUCUGUACAAAGACCUUUGUGGCAAAGUGGUGGUGUUAGAUUUCUUCACUUACUGUUGCAUCAAUUGUAUUCACAUACUGCCUGAUCUCCAUGAGUUAGAGCAGAAGUACUCUGUGAAAGGUAUCAACAAGUCUUAUUUUUUUUCUGGAUGACCCUGUAAAUCUUUUAUAGCAUUUGAUCUGAAUAAAUUCAGUAGCUCUCAUAGGCAUUGUCAGAAAAUAAUUUAAACACUUUCUUUUAAUGAAUGUAUUUUCAUGUAUUCUGCUAUCCUGUUCCAAGUAAUGCCCUGCUGUAUAUUUAUAAUUAUAGAAGAAACAUUUUUAAAAUUUUGUAAUGAAAAAGCUGAUCUGAUCACAUAUACCCUGGAGUCCAGAACCUUUGGCUCUGUUCCUUCCUGUUUUAAUUUUGGAUGCAAUCGUAUGCGUGCUUAUUAGGGAAUAGCAGAGCAAUUAAAAACAAACAAACUUAUGGCACUCUGUAGGUGCCAAUCUCCUCCUACCACCUGCCAAAUGGGCAGGCAGUUGGCCCGCUGGUGAGGACCAGCAUAAAACAUAAAUAGGUCAUUCCAGAGGCAGGGUGAGCCAGUCUCAGAUCCACUGGAUCUCAAAACAGUCUCACUUGCAUCAGCAUUGGGACCAAACCAGAGCUGGCUAAGGAAUCAAGCCCAAUCAUACUUGCUUCCUUCUGCAUUAGCUGUUGUGAAUGACCAGGCUGCAGAUGCCAUGGUUUCUCUGUUCCUCUGCAAAGCCCCACUGUCAGGGAGUGGGGGGUGGGGUUCAUAGCUGUCAACUUUUCCCUUUUCUUGCGAGGAAUCCUAUUCGGAAUAAGGGAAUUUCCCUUAAAAAAAGGAAAACGUUGACAGCUAUGGUGGGGUUGGAUUGCAACCUAAACCCUACUCAAAUCACUGGCACUCACAUACAUAAGACUGCACUGUAAAUAAUUUAAAGAGACUACAGUCAUACCUCAGCAUAAAUAUGCUUCAGGAUAAGUAUUUUCGGGUUGCACUCCGCGGUGACCUGGAAGUAACAGAGCGCAUUACUUCUGGGUUUCGCCGCUCGUGCAUGCGCAGAUGGUCAAAAUGACGUCGUGCGCGGAAACGGCGAAACGCGACCCACGCAGACGCACAGUUGUGUAUUACGUUUACUUCAAGAUGCGAACGGGGCUCCAGAAUGGAUCCUGUUCACAUCCCAAGGUACCACUGUACAUUGUUCCUUUUUACUUGAUGAUCUUCCAUUUAGUGAUCAUCAACCUAUGCUUUGACUGGUUUUACCCCAAUAAGUAAGCAUAUUCUGGCACUGCACAUAGGUGGGGAAGCAUAGUCCACUGCAGGGAAGUAGAACCUUUGAGCUUGCUUGAUGUACCCUGCUGGGCUGGGAAUGAUGGUGUUGGAAUCUUAACAGCAUCUGGGGUGCCACCUGUUCUGUAACCCUGAUCUGGUUGUCAAAGGGUUUGUCACAGCACUGCUUGAUUUGCAGCCAACUGGCUGAGAUUGUGGAAUGAUAGAAAUCUUGAUUCCGUCUACAAUUUGCAAUUUUGCAUUCAGGUUCUGAUGGUUGACAUAUAGAGCCUCUUAGACAAUGUUCCAUAGUAAGGAUUCUAGGUACACACAUUAAUGUACGUUCUUGGGUACAAUUUACUGGAAUCCCAAGUGCACUUUACUGAGAAUGACCUAGUUAAUGUUAUCAUGCCUUUCUUCAUAAAACAUAGUUUGUGGGGCCAGGAAUAAGUGUUGUGGCCAAGCUCUCCUCCCUUGCCCCUCUCCCAUUGUGUCCUGACUUCAGCAUGAAUAUCCUGGAUUGAAUUAAGUGAAAGUUUCCUGUUAUGUGCAAACUUGAUAUAUAUUGCUUAACAAACCAGGAAAAUGGGCUAGAAUCUUCCUUCAUGGUUUCAUCCUAGUUAUUAAACCAGAGCUCUCCAUUUUGGACAUAAAGACCCAGUAGCUUGCUACAUUUCUAGUCAACAAAUCCUAUUGUUGAUUUGGAGAAGAAAACAUUCUCAUACUGACAGAAUUAUCCCCUCGGUGCUAUGUUAAAUAAAAGGUAAAGGUACCCCUGCCCGUACGGGCCAGUCGUGUCCGACUCUAGGGUUGUGCGCCCAUCUCACUUAAGAGGCCGGGGGCCAGCGCUGUCCGGAGACACUUCCGGGUCACGUGGCCAGCGUGACGAAGCUGCUCUGGCGAGCCAGCACCAGCGCAGCACACGGAAACGCUGUUUACCUUCCCGCUAUAAAGCGGUACCUAUUUAUCUACUUGCACUUAAGGGUGCUUUCGAACUGCUAGGUGGGCAGGAGCUGGGACCGAAAGAUGGGAGCUCACCCCGCCGUGGGGAUUCGAACCGCCGACCAUGCGAUCAGCAAGCCCUAGGCUUUGAGGUUUUACCCACAGCGCCACCCGCGUCCCUUAUGCUAUGUUAAAUAGAACCCAAUAUAUUUUAAGUGUGAAAUUGUUACUGCGUAGUAUAUAAUAGCAUGUUGCAUGAACCUUAGUGUCUUACUUAAGCAAACUAUAAGUACAAAUUUCUAGUUUGCAAAAUUAAAAUUUAUCAAUUUUUUUGCUGGAAUACAUAUCUUAAUUUUAGAAUUCUAGCAUAAACUCUUGCUGUUCUGAUGUACAUAUUUUAUAUUAUUGUGCUACAGAUAUUCUCUUGUAAGUAGCUGUUUUAAAACAAAAGUCCAUUAUUAUAUUUACAUGAUAGGAGAUCGUAAACCCAAUGAGUUGUUAUAUGACAUUGUCAAGGUCAUCACAUUUUUUUAAUUAACGUGUACAUCUGGAAUUUUGUAGGUGUAUUUUAGAACAUGAAUUGUUGCCAGUUAGCAUGUUUAUCAGAUAUGUUCUUGCUCUUAUCAUUGCUAGUGCUAUUUCUGCAUCCAGUGUGGCAUUCACAAGGUUAUUUUAAGCCCUAAUGCACAUUCAUUUCACAUCAACAGUUUAGAAAUGGCCUGUUGGAUUGCUGUAUGAGGAAGUGCUUCUUGACAGAAAUACUUUGGUAGAAGGCCAGUUUGCUGCUAUUGUGUAAUCUUUUCAGUGCAGAUUGAAUCCAACUGCAUCCUCACAAAGUAGAAUUUUACAUUUGAUAUAUUUGGAAAGGACCCCAAUAGUCAUCUAGACCAACCCUCCGCAGUGCAGGAAUCUCAACUAGAGCAUAGAUGUAAGUGUUCUCAAAUCUGAAUUACUUUUUCCCUACAUUACUGAGACUGAUGUUUGAUGUGGAAUUAAAUAAAUGAAACACAAGUUUGAAGUGCUAGGAUCAAGGUGCUGGUGUGCAUUUCUGCUUUGACUACUGUAUUGUGUGAAGAGAAGGUUGUGAAAGCAUUUGGCAAGCACACUACUCAGAAACUACCAUUGAACAAGCUCUUUGCACAAUGUUUACUGCAUGUUUUCUUGUAUGAAUAUUUUCUCCAUGGUACAGAGUGAAUGUUGUGCUCAAACAGUAGCCUUUCUAUUCAUGUUUGAAGUGGCACUACAUACUGCUACAGUUAUAUAUCUGAUCUGUAGAGAUUUUGUAGUUUGGUAUCCUUUCCUUUUCUGUUAAAGCCUUCGUGGAUAUGUUGUCUAUUCCUUUUUUAAAAAACUGAUCCUAUGCAUGCAUACUCAGCACUAAGGACUUCAGUGUGCAUAGGACUAUAGCUUUUGUAUACUUUAUAAUCAGGAGACAAAACAAUAAUUAAGAUACAUCUUGCUUGUGAGUGCAGGCCAAGUUGUAUUCAUCUGCCAUAUCACCAGGUCUAGGUAGUAGAACAGGAAGGAAUAGUAGAGAUCUGGGAACUCUAGUUUGCACACUAAAUCUGUAUCUCAUUUUCAGUUCCAUUUUUUAUUCCAGAGACAGAGCAAUGGUAUUUUGACUCUCCAUUGCAGAACUUGUCCUGAAGUCAUGAGCAUGUCUUCAGAGCCUGACAACAAGCUGCCAGGUUUUGUAAGGAUUAUAUCAUGCACUUAUUCUUACUAAAUCCCUAGCUCAGAAUUUAAACAUUGAUUCCAAGCUUGGAUGAAAGAGUACUGGACUACAUCCAAGAUGGAAAUGUUUUGCUAUCCUAUUUCAGACCCUAUUGAAAGCAAAAGGGGUGCAGUUGAAUUCAAUAUCAAUAAGAAAUUAAAGUUAUCUGUUCCACUUGGUAUGUAAUUAAAUGCAGUGCAGUUUGAAGAGUUGGAAUUGUUUAUCUUAUGUGUGGGAAGAGGCCUUGAAAUUAGAUAGCUAUCACCUUCCACAGGGUUCUGUCUGUUAACAGAGCAGACUGCUAGAAUCUUAUUUAUGGUAAUGUUCUGUCAACACUACAUAACAGAAGGGUAGGGGAAAUUCUUGUGAGAUUUUCUGUUUUAAGGAGCUGGAAGGGUGAUAUAACUAUUUUUUUAUAAAUUAGCUGUCAUUAGAAUGUUGAAAUAAUUAUUUUUCUUUUGGGAAGGGAAGGGCAGAUUGGUUAAAUCUUUGAAACAUUGAUAUCAUUUGCUUGCAGAUGGAGGGCUGGGUGGAAGUGUUUUUUUUCUCCUUAAAUUUGCACCACUAUUCACUGAUAAGACAUUACUAGUGGUAUAUUAGGGACGCAGGUGGCACUGUGGGUUAAACCACAGAGCCUAGGGCUUGCCGAUCAGAAGGUUGGUGGUUCAAAUCCCUGCGGCGGGGUGAGCUAUCGUUGCUCAGUCCCUCCUCCUGCCAACCUAGCAUUUCGAAAGCACAAAGUGCAAGUAGACAAAUAGGUACUGCUCUGGCGGGAAGAUAAACGACAUAUCCGUGCGCUGCUCUGGUUUUGCCAGAAGCAGCUUAGUCAUGCUGGCCACAUGACCCGGAUCCGAGCUGUACGCCGGCUCCCUCAGCCAGUAAAGAGAGAUGAGCGCCGCAACCCCAGAGUCAUCCGCGACUGGACCUAACGGUCAGGAGUCUCUUUACCUAGUGAUAUAUUUUGCUCAUUAACGUUUAACAGUGCCAAUUUUUUCAUACCAUUUUUCAAUAAUGAAAUGAGUUCAAGGUUACUAUCAUGUUUAAGCUGUUAGAGUAAUUUAAGACUGAUGAUGCCACAGUUGAUUGGACAGUAUUCAUUUUUAAUAACAAUUCAAUCCUAACCAUGUCUAUUCACAUAUAAGUCCUACUACAUUCAUUGGGGCAUACUCCCAGAUAAGUGGGAUUAGUAUUGCAGCCCAAAUUUCUACAUGUAAUGAAUUAGAACCUGUGUUUAAUGUCAGGGCUCAGCCCAGUAGACAUGUGAUUUCUAUAAAAAUGUGCUAAAAGCCUUUCCCUCAACACUGAUUAACAAGAACCAAAUCCCAUUCCUGGGAUUAGGCAUUCCCUUACACUUUGAGUCCUAGCAUUCUGAAAUUAAUUAUUGUGCCAAGCACAGCCUUGCAAAUAAACCCACAAAAAUUACUAGUUUAGCAGAGGAGGUAUUAAGAGCUUCAUUCCUUCUCCAGCAGCCUAAUGAUUAGGAGGCUUCCCUACUCUUGCAGUCUGCUUGGUUCUGCAGGAGACAGAUGGAAUAUUUUGUUACUGGUUUUUAUUCACCCUGUAAUGAGUUUAUAUUGGCAUGUAUUUUAAAAAUGGGAAAUUUCACGAAAGUAUCAGCGUAUCAUAAUUCCACACUGUCAGUUUAGUUCCUUACGAAAGCAGUUCAUGGGGCAUUGAGACAUGAUAAAAUAAUGAGCGUUAGAUACUGGUGUACAGCUGACACACAAAUGGUUCUUGGAAGAUGUGUAUUGGCUUAUAGAAAAUAGAAUAGUUAGAUUUUACUGAGUGAAUACAGUGGUACCUCGGGUUAAGUACUUAAUUCGUUCCGGAGGUCCGUUCUUAACCUGAAACCGUUCUUAACCUGAAGCACCACUUUAGCUAAUGCAGCCUCCUGCUACCGCUGCACUGCCGGAGCAUAAUUUUUGUUCUCAUCCUGAAGCAAAGUUCUUAACCCAAGGUAAUAUUUCUGGGUUAGCGGAGUCUGUAACCUGAAGUGUAUGUAACCCGAGGUACCACUGUACUUUGAACAAGUUACUAUAUUUAGCUGACUGACAGAGAAUCGGAAGUUUUUUUCAUCUUUUUUCUUUCUCUUCUUUUUGCUUUGGUAAUUAUAAAAAUAUACUUUGUAUUGGGUAUGAACUUUUGUAUAUCUUUUGAUAAGUGUCAAUAGAUAUAAAAACAUUAUAAAAGCAGAAAGAGUAGUAACUUUUCUGGUGUAGUUUAUUGCUUUUUUCAUAUUUUAUCUUAAAUGCUUGAGAACAUAGGUUUUUAUCAACAUUAUUUAUUUAAAAUAUUUAUACCCUGCCUUUCCUUGUACGGUCUCCAAAGCAGCUAACAGCUUUUGUUUUUGAAGUCAGCAUCUAUAUUUUAGCAAAACAUAAAACCAUAGCUAAAAAAAACUACUUCGGUGAAAUGUAGAUUGAGGUUGGUGUGGAGUAGCACAUUAGUUCCUGUUCCUAGAGAGAUGAGUAGCUUCACGGAUUACUGGUUAAUUAUAUGCAACAUUUAUUCAUAUGUGAAACAUUUAAUGCAGAAUGUUAAUUUGGGCUUGUUUCUAUGCUAGGUUUGCUUGGCAAGGUUUCAGUGAUAUAUUUACAUUUAUAAAUAAAUUUAAAAAGUAAUGAAACCAGAUAAUGAUAACUGAAUUUUAGAACUACAAGCUUGACUCUCUGGAAAACUCAAUUCCAGGAAUGUUGGCAUUGUGAGGAGGCAGUAACAUACCUGCAAUCGAACUACGAAAAACUUUACAAUGUUGUUUUGAUGCUUGCUCUGGUCAUUGAAGGCUGAAUGUUCUCUAAGAUUGAUGUGAACUGUUGGCAAAUGACUGACCAUCAGGCCUGGAUUGCAGUAGCACUAAACAUUAUAAUAGGCCCUCUGUAAUUGCAGAUAAACAUCCUCCACAUCCAAGCCUAUGGGCUUUCAUCUUCAUGCAAGUAUGACACAAAGCCCUUUUUCUGUCUCUUUUGCUCCAUGUGCUGAGCAAAGGUUUGUCUUAGCAUAUUGUGUGAACCAGCGAACCAGGAGCUGUCGCCAAUGGAGUUAAAAAGACCAGAGAAAGGGAGGCUGCUGCAAGCUCUUUUGUGAUUGCAGUUUGAGAUGAGAAUGUAGCCAGUACAGUGGUGCCUCGCAAGACGAAAAGAAUCCGUUCUGGGAGUCUCUUCGUCUAGCGGUUUUUUCGUCUUGCGAAGCAAGCCCAUUGAUGGGAUUAGCGGAUUAGCGCUAUUAGCGCUUUUAGCGGCUUUUAGCAGCUUAUCAGCUUAUCGGAUAAGCAGAUAAGCGGCUUAGCGACUUAGAAAAAGAGGGGGAAAAGGGAAAAAAACACCCAGGAACUCGCAAGACAUUUUCGUCUUGCGAAGCAAGCCCAUAGCAGAUUCGUUUUGCGAGGCACCUCCAAAACGGAAAACUCUUCCGUCUAGCGAGUUUUCCGUCUUGCGAGGCAUUCGUCUUGCGGGGCACCACUGUAUGUUUUUUAUAAGGAGCAGGAUGCAAGUAUAGCACACUUAAUUUUUGUUCCUAAUUUUAAAUCCCUUACUAAGCCAGUACUAGGUUUCAAGGCCCGCAUACGUUGUGGUUGUGCCCAUUUCUGUGUGGAAGUUUCAGCUAUUGUGUUACAAAUGCUUUUUUGAUUCCCCAAUUCCUGCAAACCUAUUCUUGAUUCCCUUCUUUACCCCUUCUCCCAUAGCUGAUGGUUUCAUUUAUUUAAUGGCCCUUUCUCUCAUUCAGUUGGCAUCUUUGAUAUGUCCUUCCUUGUGGUCAUAGAUGUACAAAGCAAAUUCUUUCUCCUAAUACUAACAAUGAAAUGUUGUGCAUAUCUCCUCUAAACUAAAUUCCAUAAUGUUCAGUGGAACUCAGUCCUACUGUGAGGAUUAAAACUUGAGCUUCUGAACUGUCCCCCCUCCCCCAUAUGCCAAAUAACUACAAAAUGCUCUAGUCUAGAGUUCCAUAUAACCAUUUAGGGAGCUUGCUUUUGAUCCAGCCUUAUCUGCACUUUAUUUAAAUCUUUUUUUAUUGCCUUUAAGUAGCAUUUAAUAUGUGUCUGUGUUUUAUCUGUGCUUUCAGAUGGUCUCCUUGUGGUUGGUGUCCAUUCGGCAAAAUUUCCAAAUGAAAAGGUUCUGGAUAACAUCAAAAGUGCUGUCCUUAGAUACAACAUCACUCAUCCCGUGGUAAAUGAUGCUGAUGCAACUCUUUGGCAUGAGCUAGAAGUAUCCUGCUGGCCAACCUUGAUCAUUGUUGGACCUCGUGGGAAUAUGCUGUUCACUCUGGUUGGUGAAGGACACAAGGACAAAUUAUUUCUAUUUACAUCCAUAGCCCUAAAGUAUUAUAGAGAACAAGGACAAAUCAAUGGUAAUAAAAUUAGAGCACAGCUCUAUAGAGACUAUUUGCCACCUUCGCCUUUGCUCUUUCCCGGCAAAAUUACAGUGGACAACUCUGGGGACAGAUUGGUAAUAGCAGAUACUGGACAUCACAGGAUUGUGGUUGUCAGGAAAAAUGGUCAAAUUCUGCACAUUGUUGGAGGUGAGAACUUAAAUGUAGGAAAGCCUUUCAUAUUAGCUUUUAUGCUGUCAUGGCAGAUCUUGAAUUCUGUGCCGCUGGUACCCUUCCUAGUACUAGUAAAAAGUGUUAUUAAAAACUGUUUUCCAUGCAGAGUGUAGCAAGUUGUCUGCCACAAAUGAAUUGUUACUUGCUCUGGGCUUCCGACUAGGUACUGUAAAUGCUUUUAAUUCUGUUUUUACAGCUGUGUAAUGCCUUGCAGAAGUUGAAACCUGAGGCUUUGCUGUAAAGAAAAUCCUUGUAAUUGCAGCUGGUUUGUUUUUAUUGUAUUGCCUACAAAAUAUUAUUUGGAAAAUGUAUAAAUCAUAUUUCAAGACCAUUUCCACAAGUACAUUUUAAAUAUGAAUAUUCUUUUAAAAUAAUAUACAUUUUCCUUGAAGAAGAUAAAUGGCAAACAUCUUAAAUAAUUAAACAAUGCAGGGCUCUCUAAGAGUUCAGGGCUUUUACACUUACAUAUGGUUAAUCUUUUGAUGCAAAUUCUAAUUCUGCUGAUUUCUUUUUUGUUUUCUUUUCUUUUCAGGACCCAACAGUGGAAGAAAAGAUGGGACAUUUUCAGAAGCAUUAUUCAGUUCUCCACAGGGAGUGGCUAUAAAGAACAAUAUUAUUUAUGUAGCAGAUACAGAAAACCAUCUGAUUAGGAAGGUAAACUUUCCUAACUAGAAAAAAAAUAUAGGAGAAUGGCCAAAUUCUCUUAUGAGAUACAUUGGUAAAAUGGAUGUGAAAGUAACUAUGCAAUGUAUCUGAAAGUAGAAUCUUGUAUAAUAUUUAUAAACAUGUUUCCAAAGUAUUUGGAACAGACUUCUUUUCCUUUUCGCAUAUGCUUUUAAGGCAAGUUAUUAGGUACAACAGUUUUAUGCUUUCCUAAAGAGAAUGGAAUGCAAUAAUGCUGUGUGCCAUGAUUUCUCAGUUCCAUUUUUAAGUAAUUGCAUUUUGGCUCUACAAAACCAUGUGUUUUGUCUCCUUUCCCUCUAGGAAAUAUCUAGGAAUAUAAGCAAGAGACUAUCAUUACUCAGCAGAGCAAUGGAAUUAUAGGGCUGGGAUGAAACUGGUUAUCUUAUUCAGCUCACUUGAAUGCCAGACCCCUCACAUGAGACCAUAUAUACACCUCACAAAUGAAUCUGCACAUUAUAAUUUGGCCCACAUCAUUUUGAGUUGGAGUGUGCUAUGAGCAAGAGUACAUAAGAUGUCCAAGUCAAAGUUUGUGGCCUAAAUCUCUAAUAAUAAUAAUAAAAACAACAACAACAACAACAACAACAACUGUUACCUUGCUAUUCAGGCCGCUUACAACUUAAAUUAUGUAAAAUUAGGAUUUCAGUAUUUACCGUACCUUUUGAUUUCUGUCCAGAUUAUCAUGUACUGUUUGUACAUGUGUCAAUCAAUUCUAAUUUUACAGUGUAGAUUAGGCCUGUGAAUGUUGAAUAACCUGGAGAAGUUCUUUUCAGUGACAUCGUAAUAUUUCUCUUACUAAUAAACACCAUUAGUAUUUUUUGGGGAAUACAUUACUUUAUCCUUUACCUUUUUCUUAAGACCAGUAACAUUUCAGUAAUAUUUCAAAGGGAAGUCGUUUAAGAAUUAAAGAUAGGUCCAUGUGAAGAACUAUAAAAGACAAAUUCAGUUAGUCAGCUUCCCCUGCCUACCCAUCAUACUGUAUUUCAAAUCUGAAGAACAUGGAAGGCAAUUGAUUUGAUUUACUAGACUUGUACAUCAAUCUAUUUUUAAAAAGUCUCCAGGCUUUUUAUAAUAUUUAUAAUGCAAUAAAAUAUGAUAAAGACACAUUAAGACAAUAGAGAGUAGCAUAUUUUUUCCAGACUUGAUAAAUAACAUAAAAAGCAAAUAAAAUUAUUCUGAUUUCAUUCUAGAUUGACCUCCAGUUAGAGAUGGUGAGCACUGUUGCAGGAGUUGGAUUACAAGGCACAGAUAAGGAAGGAGGAGCCAAAGGGGAGGAACAGCCUAUUAGUUCACCAUGGGAUGUAGUCUUUGGAACAUCAGGUAUUUUAAUGAAGUUGUAACAUUAAUCUCACAAGCUGUCAAAAACAAGCAGACUUCAGAAGUUUGCUAUUUAGAAACAACAAAUUUGCCCCCUUUCUCUCAGUGUUUGGUUACAUAUGAUUGUAUUUCAGCAGUUGCCAACUUUUGGGGGCCAGCAGACACAUUUUGAAUUUUGACAAAGUACUGUGAGUACCAAUAACAAAAUGUCUGUCAUGUGAUGUCGUAACACAGUGUGGCUGCUGUGGUUAUUUGACAUAAUACUAGUUUAGAGAGAGUACAGUCAUUGCUGCUUCACACAGAGAGACACACACCUGACUCCAGGCAAGCUCAGAAUGAAUGAAUGAAUGAAUGAAUCUUUAUUUGCGUCAGCCAUCGGCCAUAGCAAUAAAACAACACCACGAUAUACAAAGAAUAGAAAUAAAAAGUCAAUUGUAUAAAAUACAUUUUAGGGUUUUGAAUCAAUGGUGGAUCUUAUUCUAGUUGCCCCAGCUAAAAACCUUGCAGCCUUUGCUGUCACCUGAUCAUCUUGAUCUGCCAAGAGAAAGGACACUGUGGCAGUGGCUGGGCAACCCGGAAUGGACAAUAAAAGAGGGGUGAUAACCUCAUUCCUCAAGUCUUUAUAAAGACUGCAAGCCAGAAGGGCAUGCACCACUGAUUUGGUACUGCCAUCUCCACAGGGACAUAAGCGUUUUUCGUGUGGAGUCUGUUGGAAUCGUCCCUCAAGUACAGCUGAGGGCAAUACAUUCAAUCUUGCAAGAGUAAAAGCCCGUCUAUAUUUUAGAAUUGCUAGGUUAUGCAGAUAGGGUGCCAGAGAGUCGAAACGGGUAGGUGGAAAAUUGUCAUACCGUGGGCAAAAUUUCCUUAUUGUGGCCAAGUUGUUCUGAUACUCAGUAUGAUUUAGGCACUGACAAAUUAGACUGUUUGCUUUACUAAAACCGAAAGUGAGUAGCUGUUGUGGUGAUAAACCACCAAAGUGAAGUUUUUGGUAGACAAUUUUAGUCCAGGAGCUCUUGUGACAAUCUUGCAGCACUAGGGCUAUUAGACCGGGGGGGGGGGUUAAGUUUUGGUCAAGCCAAUAGUUAAGUGCCCUACGCCAAAUUCGUAAUUCUACCGAGGGAAGAUUAGCCUCUAGGCGCAAUGAUGUGUUUGGGACACAGGGUAGUACAGAGAAAAUUUGCCUUAAGAUCUUUGAUUGGGCAGCUUCCAUAGAUCCAAGCUGAGUGCCUGUCCAAAUCUGAGCCCCAUAUAACAACUGUGCUAGGGGUUUUGUUUGGAACACUUCCAGGACUGAUGGUAUAUGUUUACCACCUUUUGUGUAGAAAAAGCAUGUCAGAAUUUUGGGAUGCUUUGGGACGCUUUUUCUUUUGCACAUUUCUGGUGUGCCCCAUGACCCCAUAGACUGGAAAAUGAGGCCAAGAUAUUUGAAAACUUUGACCUGUUCAAUUAGCUAGUUGUCCGUGCGCCAUCUAUGAGUUCUAUAGUUUCUUGAGAAAACCGUGACUUUGGUUUUCUUGUAAUUCACGGCCAGCUGUACUCUCUGGCAAUAUCCUGAAAAUGCCAUCAUCAGUCUUUUUAGGCCUACUUUUGUAUGGGAUAGAAAAACCGCAUCAUCUGCAUAUAAUAGAAUUGAAAUGGGUGUUGUAGCCAAUUUAGGGGCAUGCUACACAGGAGAUGUUAGACACUGGACAAUAUCAUUUAUAUAUAGGUUGAACAGUUCCAGGGCUAGAAUACACCCUUGCUUGACUCCCUUUGUGGCUGGUACAGAUCCUGUAAGUUGUCCAUUUGUGGAGCAGCACACUUUCAACACAGUAUCUUUAUAGAAGCAUUUGAUCAAGUACCGUAGUCUUUUGUCUAUACCUCAGACAUACCAUGGGAGGGCUUGCUGGUCCUGAUUGUGGAAAUCACACAAUAUUGAUUUCUCGCAAAGCUGCUGUUGCUGUCUAAUAACAACAGGAAGUAUUCCCCUGUACUGGGCCAUUCUCACUCUCUUGCACAUGCAGUGAGUGCAUACAGUCUAUUUUGUGAGACAAGAAAUACUUCUAAAGAUAAGGAAUUUUUACUUUAUAACAGUGGCUAUGCCCAAGAUUUGCUCUUUCCCCCCCCCCCAUCUGUUUGAGACUACUAACCCAAGGAGAUAACAAGUGAAAUUCAGUUAAGUAUGCCAGCUGUCUAUUUUGUAAGGGAUUUUUCUUUUUUGUACACUAAUGCCAACAGCCCAGAUAGUCAAGCAUAAAAGCAAGCAAGGAGGAAAGAGAGGUCCAAAUUCCUCCCAGGUGCACAGGAGGAACAAAGCAAGUUGUGUGGGCAUUAGCUUGAGGUUUGCUGCGGCUUGUUCGCAUCAUGUUUAACUAAGUUGAGUGUGAUGUUUGAACAUUGAACAUUUUGUUCAAACUUUCAAUUACCAUAUUUUUCGCCCUAUAUGACACACUUUUUCCCCUCCAAAAAUGAAGGGGAAAUGUGUGUGCGUCCUAUGGGGCGAAUGCAGGCGUUCGCUGAAGCCUGGAGAGCGAGAGGGGUCGGUGCGCACCGACCCCUCUCGCUCUCCAGGCUUCAGGAGAGCCCCACCAGCAGCCCCGCAAGCUGGGGGGACAGCGGGGAGGUGCAGCGCGCCAUCCCGCUGUCUCCCGACGUUCUUUGGAGGCUGCAGCGGGGAGAAGCCUGCUUCUCCCUGCCGCCAGCCCCGCAAGCUCGGGGACAGCGGGGAGGCGCAACGCGCCCAGGCUUAGCUUCAGCCGUGGGAGCCCGGCGCUGGGCUCCCACGGCUUGCGGAGAGCUGCAUGUUCUGGGGGCUGGGGUCGGGGGAAGCUCGGGCUUCCCACGUCCCAGCCCCGCGCCUGGGGGGGGAAAUAAAUUUAUUUUCCUUUAUUCCCCCCCCCCCAAAAAAAAUUAGGUGCGUCCUAUGGGCCGGUGCGUCCUAUAGGGCGAAAAAUACGGGUAUGUCCCCUUUUUUAUCAUGCUUUGUUAAAGUAGCAUAUUUUACUGCUUUAGAGUUCUUGAACAGAAUUUUAUAUACAUAGUUUUGGAGUCUUAGCACUUUAUUAAUGGUCAUGUACAUUUCAGCUUUGUGUACCAUCCUUUUCUAUUUUUAUUCAGUGCCACUGAAAGCAAGCAGUGCUAAAUGCACUUUUGACUGAAGUGUGAAAUGUUCUUGAUAGCUCUGUGCCUUUCAGAAAGAAGGCAGCUAUGACCCAGCAUAUAGAUUCCAAAAUAUAUGCAUUUUGGUACACAGUUACAUCUAUUUAUAAAAGCAUCAGUCAGCACACAUAGUCUUAAGUAAACUAUAUUGAAACUUGCAGGGUAACAGGGAAUAUGAACUAUGUAAGUGAAUAUUUAUUUUAUAAAAUAUAUGCACUGCAUGAUUGUGUAAAACACACACACCUCAGAGUGGUUUACAAGAAGAUAAAACAAUAAAAUCAAUUAAAAAAAUUACAACUGUACUUCAAAACAUACAAAAGUUAAAAUACUAAAACAUGUUAAAAUUACCUCAACUUCCUAAGCAUCUGGGAAGGCUUGUCUGGACAAAACAUGUUUUUAACAUGCACCAAAAAGUGUAAGGUGAAAGCUCCUGCUUGAUAUCAAUAGAUAGGGAGUUCAGAAAUGUAGGUGCUGUCAUACUAAAUGACCAAGUUCAUGCAGAUGUGGAAUGGGUGUGGUGUACCUGUAGUAGAACAAAUUAUGUCGAUCAAAACGGUAGAAUUGGCACAUGUGGGGUAAGGUGAUCUCAUAGGCAAAUUGGUUCCAAGUUGUUAAUGGCUUUGUUAAGUGGCAUUGAUAAUUUAUGUAUUAGAAGUGUAUGUGGCAGGAGAGAGGUAACAGAUUGAGCUGAAAUUGAGAGAUAGUGAGCCUGUUGCACACUCUAUGCAAAGAGCUGUAUUAGACCAGGGAUUGUCAAGCAUACCUGACCUCUCUUUAACUACACAAAAGAGUUCUGCUUAAAUGGUGGUGGUGGUAACCUGUACUCCAUUUGAUCUCUUUUCCCUAUACUGUAUACAGUUUGCUAUUUUGGAAAGACUUUUUAUCAUUAUGAUUUUUCUUCCUGUUGUGCAUAUCUGAGAGUUGCAUUUUGCCUCCUUGAGUUCUUUUGCUUAUCUGUAAUAUUGAACUGUGAUGUCCUUGAACUGUGAUAGGGUCUCUUGCUUGCUUCGAUGGAGAUGUGUGGUGGUGGUAGGGGGAACACUGAUCUUUUGUGUAACUGGACUGUAACCUAGUGUACAAGGUUAAGAGUCACAAAAACCUAUUUUUGCGUCUUGCACCUCCUAUCACUUAUGCAGAAGGUUACCCACAAGAGAAACUGAGCCUCAGGUGGGAAAAGGCUCCCCGUCCCUGUCAUAGGUAGAAGUAUGAUUUAAAUUCAUCACAGAUAUUUGUGUUGGUUUUGUUUGUCUUCAUAUUGUCAGAAAAGUUAAGAAAGGGCUGGUUCAUUGCAAUAUCAUAAUUUGUAUGCGCUCUGCUUGCAAGUAAAUAACUGAACUUUGCUGUAAGAUAAUUUUCACCCUGCACUUGUAUCCUGCAGACAGAAAUGUGAAUAUUUUAAAAGACAAUUAUUAAUAAAAAAUAUUUUAUUUAGAAACAUACAGUUGCUACAUAGCCAAACCUGGUUUCAGUUCCCUACCUGUCUCAUCAUUAAGUAGUACUUCAGGGACGUGGGAGAAAAUUGAGGCUGAUCCUUUGAACCAGGCAGCAUUUUAAUGGCGAUACUUCAGGUUCAUUUCACUUGUAAAAGGGCAAUUGAACCCAUGCCUGCAAUAGUUAUAAAACUUUUCUGUGUGCCACUACAAUUAACUGUACAACAAAUCUAUGUAAAGUUCAGCAGACUUUAAUUGUUUCUACAUUGCCAAGGUCAACAAUGAGUACAUCACUUGACAGUGCCAUGUAUCAUCAUACUUCAGGUUUAAGGAGAGUAAUUUAUUGCAGCGUUACUGUAUUGUGCUAUGGUGCAAUUGUGUGCCAUAUCGGUAUGUAAAUAAGCAUUACUGCCUCAUUUCUGUAAAAAAAGGUUGAUUACACUUCUGUGAAAUUUCUAUAAAAUCAAGUUGAGUAGAAUCCUUCAAGACUUUCCCUGGAGGUGAAUUUAAAUCCAACUUGCUUUAAUAUGUAUGCUGAUCUUAUUCAUUGAAUUAGUGCCACUGUAUUGAUAAAGAAUUUGUUUCCAAAAUGAGAAAUCAGGUAAUGCAAAUAUAUUAAUCACCGUUUUGUUAACAUAAACUCACCUAAAGCACUUUAUAACCAAAUAAAACUGAACAAUUUGAGCAAUCAAGCGACAGUAUUGAUAAAAAUAAGCAACCGACCCCCCAGCAGUGCUGAAUACACUAGAUUUUAUUUCAUGCAGGGAAGCAAAGGCUCUUUGGCACACUGUAACCAGGCCCUAAUUUUAGGCUGUAAUGCGGUGGAAAGAGAACAGUGGAAGGAUGUUGAUAAACUUUGUUAACAUUAGAGCUAUUCAAUCUAGAGCCUUAAAACAAAUUAAGUAGAAAUAGCUGCUGUUUCUGGUCAUGUUUUUACUUGUUGAAAGUAUGUUUACCCACUGUGUACAGAGGAAUAGCUUGGGAUGCAAACUGAACGCUUGAAAGAUUUUAAUGAAAGUUCCUUUCUCUAGGAGAGAAUGAAUAUAGAGAAACAUACCUGGCUCUUCCAAUAGCCCUGUGUGAAAGUCAAUGUGUGGUGUCACUGGUACUAACUUUGGAUUUUAAAAAUCCAGCUUCAAAUCUCUGCUCAACUAUGAAGUCAGGGAGUGGCCUUGGGAAAGUUACCGUGUCUCAGUCUAAACUACCUACCUCUGUGUUGUGAGGCUAAUACAACCUCACAUGGCAUCUUGAGUUCCCUAGAGGAAACGUGAGAUGUUAGUGACAGCUAUUAUUAUUAUUUAGAUGCUAUCAGUUUGCAGUUUCCCUUGUUUGUGAUCCAUAUCUGUUGUCCAAGAGAGAUGGGAGAAUGAGAAACAAGCCCGAUUCUCUUUGAGGUGGCAACCUGUGUCAGAUUUGCAACUUCAGAUUAUAGUUAGGGCUCACUUAAUGGAAUGUUACUAUAUGUGUUCAAAAAAUAAAGAUCUCUACACAGAUGAAAUGUGCCAGAGAGACUGCAAGCCAUAAGCAUUUCCCCAGAUUUAGUUUUUGUGUCAAGGGAUGUUUUGUAUGGUGCAGCAUUCCAUCAUGUUUAAAGUGAUACAGCCCCUGGCAUAGGUUUACUAGGCAGGUCAGUCCUUUGUUUCCCUGGCCUGUUGUGUUGGGACUACUAGGGAAAUUGCCCCCCAAGUAACUAGGAUGGUAAAUAGGAUGGGCUGCUGCACACUAUUGAUAGUGGAGAAAGCUGGGCGUAUAUAUUGCCUACCUGAGUCAAUCCAUUUAUAGAGAAAUUGUUGUCCUGGAAUUCUUAGAUAGAAUGAAAAUGACUCUUUUUUUACAGGAAAGGUAAAAGGAAUGCAGUUAUGAGGACUAUUAAUCCAUCACUAUCUGCAUUUUAUUGUUGAUUCAUCUUUACAGUGGAGCUGUAAUCGCAAAGCAAAAAUAAAACGCUUUGAUACUGCAAACAGCGCUGGCAAUGAGAAUGUAUAUUCCCUAAUAAGGAUAAGCUGUUGCUUUGAAACUACUCCUUAGCAGGAAUGUGGAGUUUAACUGCAUAAAAGUGAAGGAAUUACUUUAUUAUUUUUAUUAGGGUAGCUGUUUCAUAGUAAAAGUGCUUUAGGUAAAUCCAUAGAAGGAUUGUAAAGUGUAACUGGGGAUUCUACUAGCACAGUGAGAGACAUGUUUAAGUAUAAUAUUUUGGUUUCCUCUGGGAUUUUUCAAUAAGGCUCAUCUGUUGUAUUAAAAAAAAUCUGCAGUAUGUCCACUUUAGAUUAAAAAAUAACAUUCCUUGCUCAUGGGCCAGAUGAAACUAUUUUGUAAUAAGCUUAUUGUUUAAACUAAGAGAGACUAUAUAAAAUACUUCUGUAUUUUGGUUCUUGUUUUGUAGACAUUGAGCAAAGCCAAUUAUUUCCCGGAUUUUGGACUAUUAAUGGCUGUUGUGAUAUAGUAAGGCCUUAGUCCUUGCCGUAUCCUGCAUGUGAUUAUAAAAGCAGUGAGAAUCUCAACAUAACUCUGUUCAGAACUGUGGAAUACAAUGAGUGUUUUAUAAAAUAUCUGAGGAGGUACAGCUAUAUAUGGUAAUUGUUUUUCCUUCCUUCCUUUCUUUAAUAUAACACAUAUUAAAUACAGUUUCUUUUUCUUUCUUUGCUCAGUGACAAAAGCCGUACAAGUUUCAGUUUUCUGUUUGAUUUUUUAAAAUGUUGUUUGCGUCACUUCUUGUGAUGGAAUGCAUGUUUUGAGUCACGAAAGACUCUUUUUUGCUCCAAAAUCUCUCAGGAAAUACAGUAGGAAAUGUACUCUUUCUAGGAUCUCUUGCAAAAGUAAUUUUCUUAGAGGAAGAUCUGACUAAUUUUUUAUUACUACAUAGCCAUUUUCUAUGGAAAGAGACUACUUUGUAUUUAAAAUGCUUCCAUAAAAUCUAAAAUACAAUGAUUGUUUAUCUUGAUAUGCAUAUUUAACAAUCUGCCUAGAAACCUGAACAAUGAUUUUAAUUAUCUUAACACUUCCUAGGCCAGGUUUAUGUUACAAUUUUCUGUACCUCAGUGCUAUAUUGCAAUAGAUAUAAAUUUCUAUACAGCAAAAAAUCCCAAAAUUACAGGGAGGGGGCAGAAUUUUUAUAAGUGAAAAGAAAUACCCGUGAUUUGUAUUUGUAGAGCUGUAGGAAGGUGUAAACAAUGGAAACAUUUCUAAACUCUGAUUUGUCCAAUCACUCUCCCCUGUCCCUCCAUGGCUUCUUCCUGAAAUGACUGCUGCCAACCAGCAAAAUACAGUAGACCCUCGGGUUACGUUACUCUCGAGUAACAUAAACUUCAGGUUGCAAAAGUGGCAAACCCGGAAGUACUUCGCAUGCGCAGAAGCGCUCUAUCGCACCGCGUGUGUGCGCAGAAGCGGCGCCUCUGGAUGCAGAUCUAUUGGUGUGCGCUUGGACCCCCAGAACAAAUUAAAUUCAUAUCCAGAGGGUCCACUGUAGAGACAAAAGAAUAACUGAUUUGUCCAGCUCUUCUGUUCCCUGAUUUGUCCAAUCUCCCCACUCCCUCCCUGCAUGGUUUCUGGCCAAAAAUGGCUGCCACCAACAAGCAAAGCACAAAAUAAUCACAAAAUGUGUUCAGACUCUGGCUGUUCAGAUAUCUGAAUCAGCCAUGCAUAUAAUGAGGCUUGGAUUAGUGAACUUUCGCAUAGCAAGUGUUCAGAAAGUGGGACCUGCGUGUAUGGUAAUAUAUUGUUCACCGAUAACAACCUACAGGAGUUGGAAGGACAGCCCAUGUUGACUGCAUGACAGUAUUUUUAUUUUAUUUUAAAGCAACUGGUAGAAGAAUAGCACGUACUGCAAUCCUACGUUGUGCUACAAAAUAAUAAAAUACUGGGCAGCUUUGUGUUGUAUUGAGUGUAGUGCUUACAAAAAAGGGGGCAACUUUGCUUUUUUAAUCUCUGUAAAGAUCGCAAAUAUCUCCCAUUGUGCAAAAUAGGCACCUUUAGUUUAUAGAGCCUCAUAAUUGUAUUUAUCAAGAUCCUGUGACAUUUUGAUUGGUAAUUGGAACAGAUGUUAGAUCAUGCCUAUAAACUGGCAAACUGGAAAGUUUGUCUUCCUCUCUUUUGUUUGUUUUUCCUCUAGAGCAGGGAUUGUCAGCUGGCAGUCUGUGGCUUAGAUACAGCCCCUCAAGCAGUUUUUAAUGACAUAUUUGUGUCCAGUACAGUGUUAUGACUGAGUGCACGUGUUGCAUACCUAUCAGAUUCCAACUGCCAACUUUUUUAUAGACCUGACAGCUGUUUGGAAUAAUGUGGCAUCCGUUUUCAUAGAAAAUUGACCAUCCCUGCUGUACAGGGAAAUCAAGUAGGUGAAUAUCUUCUGCAGAUAAUAUCGUUACCAUAAAUCUCAUUCAAGAUAAAAUAUAAUUUGAGGUAGCCUAGUUGUAUUAAAAAUUUAGAGCAUUCAGUUUAGCCCAAGGAUAGAAAACCUCUGGCCCAUAGAUCAGAUUAGGCCCAGCGCGGAUUCCAGUUUGGUCUGUAAGACCGCUUUCCCCAAACGAUGCCUACCUGCCCCAUUCCUGACAUCACCUGUGAUGUCAGGUGUUGUACAGGAAGUGGCGUGGUUGGAAAGAAUUGGUUGGGAGCAAGUGAGACUUGCUGUCAGGAUCAGUCAGUUGAUCAGUGCUUAGAGGAAACUCCACUUGGGGUGAGGUUCGGCUGUGGUACGAAAUUCCUGAUCGGAAACUCCAAAGCACAAUCAUUCCCUGCCCAAGCAGACUUGCUGAUAGGCAGUUACAGCAAGCCUUGCUUGCCAAGGAACAGCUGGGAGUGCACUUUUAAGGCUCCCAGUUUUUCCUUAGCAACCAUGUCUCUUACCUACCCCAAAAGCAGGGCUUGCUUUAAGCACAAAUAUUCUUUUGCAUCUCCAGCUUGAAUUCUAGCUGGCAAUACAAAGGUUGUUCGUCUGCAAGCACAGCUUGCGCUGUGCCCACAAAGGAAAUACGUUCCUUUGCAUUGCCAGUUUGAAUCAAAACCGGCAAUGCUAUGGAUCUUUCUCUGUUGGCACACCCCUGGUUUUGCCUGAUUAGCUGAGAGUUGAAGAAGAGGAAAGCGUAUCUUAGUUAGCAUUCCAUAUGUGAUCAAAGAGUAAAACCACUGAAUUGUUUUCUUUUAUGUUUAUAGAAUUUUAAGCAUGCUUACUUUACAUAAAAUGUGUCUACUGUACUUUUGCAUGUGACACCACAGCACUAACUGACCUUUUGAAGAGAAAGUUUACAUCAAUAAAAUUUGGGGGGGAAAUAAAAUACACUGACAUCUCAAUCUUUAUGCAUGUUUAUUUGGAAAAAAAAGCUGUGCUGAUUUUUAGUGGACUGUAUUUUCAAGCCAGGGUGCAUAGGAUUGCAGCACUAUGCAGCAGUAUUUCAGUUAUCAAGCCCAAAUGUUAGUUCCUAAAAGUGUCCACCAGAAUGCACUCUGCUUUCAAAUGAAGCAUUAUUAUAAAUAAAUGUGUUCAUAACCUUUCAGGGGGAAAUCCUGUGUUGUUCAGGAAAGGAAGGAUCCUGAACCCAUAACUGCUCUUUAUAAAUGCUUAUUGGAUCUUUGUAAGAUAGAAGUUCAGGAUCUUAAUAGAGGUGUGCAAUAGAAGAUUAGAAUGUAUCAUAUAGCCUAAACAAUGGGAAAUGGCUUUAGAAUCUAUUGGAUUUUUUUUUAGUUGAGAUUGAUCCAGCAAAGAUUAAUAUUUUGGGUAUAUUGAACUUCAUUGUCCAAUGCAGAUAGGUGCUGGAGGUGUAAUACUCAAAGAAGAACUUUUUGUAUUUAAAGACUUUGAAGUUAUGCAUAACAGAAUUAAGUUAGUACAAAGUACCUUUCUCUUUCCGUAUCUCGUCCCAUUGGCUCAUGUUAUUGCUUUUACUGGCCAAGAAAGACUGUGGAGGUUUUGACCUAGGUUUCCAGAGGAAAUUAUAAUGACUUUCUCUCCCUUCCUUUUCCUGUACUCACCCCACAGGGGAAAAGGAAAUUGUGCUUCUAAGAAGAGUGGUUUUCUUCUUAGUUCUGCUAUUGAAUGACACAUUUUAUCAAGCUUUGACAGAUGAUGCAAUUUCUGACUAGAACUUUCUGUAUUUGUGCUUUUGAACCUGUGUGACAUAAACAUUUAGGUUUCUGUAGUGAAAUAUUGUCUCAUAUCUUAGAUGCCCAAUCAGUCACUGCAGAUAUCAUCUUAUCAGGAGGCCCAUUCUGCCCAAUACAGUGUCAUGACACCUAUUUUGAAAUUCCUUCCCAUUGAAUAUUAGGCACCAUCCCAGUUGUCUUUUCAGUGCCUGCUGAAGACCUUCCUCCUUCAACAAGAGUUUAAGGAGAGCUCAUUUCCAGAUAGUUUCUGUAUUGGAAUUGUUUUUAUAUAUUGGAAUUGUUUUGUUGCUUGUGUGUUUGCAGCCCUGGGCUCCUUUGGGAGGAAGGGUGAGGUAUAAAUUUAAUAAAUAAUAAUAAUUGUGUGGCAAAGAGUUUGCAAAGAUUUCUGAAUUCUGAGUGUUUACCAUAUGCCACACAGAUUUACAAAUUAAUUUUCAUUAUAUAUUUUCCACAUCUUCCACAGUGUUAAAUACCAUUGUGUACUCGUUUUUGUUUUGGCAGUUUUCUUUUUAUCGACUUGCCUCUGAAAAGCACGAGCCUCUUAUGAACAAAACUUAUACCUUUUUUUUGACCAUUUCCCCUUCAAUUCUUAUAUUUAUUCCAUUUCCCCCUGUACAUUCAAUAAUACCAACAUAUGAUUAUGUUAUCUUACUGAAUGGCUGAAUAUUUGAAAAGUAUUGGGCUGGGUGGUUGUUGUUUUUUAAUGAAAAAUGUGAGAAGAUCUUCCAACAAGGGCUCAUCCACUGUUAAUCCUUUUUUAUAGUUUCAUCAACUCAUGAAGAUGAUGUUCUGUGGAUUGCCAUGGCAGGAACACAUCAAAUCUGGGCACUCAUGUUAGAAUGUGGAAAACUACCAAAAGGAAGGUAAGCUAGAAUGUUAAACAUGUUUAGAAACACCAGGCCAAUAAUUGGUGGGUGGAAUGUGUAGACUUACUAGGUGCGGUUCGAGUGUCAGAAUAAGACCUGAGAGACGAAGGUUCAAAUCCUCACUUGACCAUGAAGAUCAGUGGGUGACCUUGAACCAGUCACUGCAUCUCAGUCUAACAACAGGAUUGUAGGGAUUAAAUGAAGAGGAGGAGAACCGUGAGCUCCUACAGAAGAAGGUGGGAUAUAAAUGCAAUAAAUAUUAGGCAUCAUGUCUUGCUGUACUUUUCUGUAUUUACAUUUCUCCAUCUUUUACUUCAUUAUCCAAACAGUUCUGAUCAAUCAGCACUUGGUUCAUAAAUGCUCUUUCUUCCAGCGAAGCAAGUGUAUUUGUUGGUCAGUAGUUUUUGCUUAGUAUACUCAGAAAAGCUUAAACAGAGGGGAAAGGGGACAAGGCCUGCUUGUUUUCCCAAUGAAGCAUUUGAAGCAGGAAAGAAAACUGAUUACCUCAAAAUGAGUAAAAAGCAAAAAAGGAAGAUUUUCCCCUUUAUUCUAAGUAUCCAAGUUUUUUACAGUAAGUAAAAAACUUACCGUAUGGGGCGGGGGGGACAGGCUGCGUGUUCAAAUAACAAGGCAGGACUCAUGGAAAUGCCCAUUUCUCCCCUUUAGUGACUUGAAAAAAGGAACCUGCCUUCGGUUUGCUGGGAGUGGAAAUGAAGAGAACCGAAAUAAUGCAUAUCCCCAUAAAGCAGGCUUUGCCCAGCCUUCUGGUCUGACUGUUGCUGCUGAAGAGCCUUGGAACUACCUUUUUGUAGCAGACAGUGAAAGCAGCACUCUGCGCACCAUUUCUCUGAAAGAUGGAGCUGUGAAACACCUUGUAGGAGGAGAAAGAGACCCAAUGGUAAGUUCUUGCUGUUUGUUCCUAUUCCUACUCAAGUUUGAUUUAACAAGAUGCCCAAUAUGGAUGUGGUGUGUAAGCUUAUUUUGUAUGACUCUUCAUGUCUUAUAAAAGUUAUUAUAGCAAUUGUUAAUAUAAACUUGAUCACUGUGGUAGUGCUCCUUCCCUGUCAUUCCAAAAUGUUAACUUCAUAACUUUAACUGCUGAUGCUUUUAUUGUGCUUUUAAUUGAUAGUUUGAAGAUCCAUCAUGUUCAGCAAGAAUCUUAGUUUAUUUGCGCUAAAUAAUAAUAAUAAUUGAACCAAUUUAAUAAUUGUAUAAUUCUUUCUCUGUAUAUAUAUAUAUGCUUUUGAAAAAAGAAUUUAUUUGCCUUUGGUGAUAUUGAUGGAGCUGGAAUAAAUGCAAAGCUACAGCAUCCCUUAGGAGUAACCUGGGACAAGAAAAGAAAUCUCCUUUAUGUUGCAGAUUCCUAUAAUCAUAAGGUGAGCCUGCAUGAUGCAUUAUUUACUGCUUGAGUUUCAUUUCACCAACUUUACUACAAAGUUAAGUUUUAGAUAUUCAGUAAAACUGUUAUUUAGAGUUAAAAAAGAAAUUAUAAUUCAUUUAUGUAUGUUAUAACAGUUGAUUUUUUGUCAACUUCUGCUUUUUUGUGGAAGAUGCUUUUGAUUAUAUGGAGAGGCAAUAAAGGUGCUAAGGCUGUAUUCCUAUUUGCUUAUAUGGACCCCCAAGACAAGUCCAACGUCGGGAAUCAGAUUUAUGACACCUAAAAGCAAUAAAGCUGUAGACAGAGUGGUAGAAGGUGGCUGGCUAAUUUCCUUUCUAAUGUUUACUGAGAAAGUUCUGGACAUUUGCACAGAUGACUGAAAAAUUGCAUUCCCUCUUCCCUAGGUUUUCCUGAUGAUGCAAACCCAAGCUCUUUCAGCUGUGUACUUAGUCAUGUUCAUAAAAAGCUGUGGAGUCAUUGUAAACAUGGGUCACUUGUAGAUAUUACUGAUGUGGUGAUUCAGAUCUAUGGUAAUGAUGGCUGCAGAGAGCCCUGUAAAACAUGUCAGAGAUAGCUGGCACGGUCAUAUGCACUUUGACAAAAAAUGCUUUGACAAAAAAUGGCACAUCUUCAAGAAACAUGAAAAGGGCUUGCAUUUUGGCACUUCUUUUCCUGCAGAAAUUUUGGGAGUCACUUAUUAAUAGUAUCUUUUUCAUAAACACUUAAGAAAGUGACUUUAUGAGUAUGUCAAAUCCCUCAUACUGCUAAUAAAUAACACUUGAAUAUCUUAUUACUGGCCUAUAAUGCCGUAGCAAGCAAGAAGUUUGUUCAGUGGCCCAGUUUACACUUCAUUGUAGAUGUUAGUUGCUGGUAUACCAUGAACAUGCCUGACUUGGUUGUUUUGGUCCUCCCUGUUCAUAUUGAGAGGAAACAACAAUGAAUGAGUUAGCAUUAUGUCUGAACCAGGGGUCGUUGUUUGUUUUGGUCCCAACAAGCCACAGUCAGUAAGUCAAGAAUAAACCUUGUCUACAGAUCAUAGUAUGUUGGGAGUGAAACAAACCACACUUCUUGAUACAGUGGUACCUCGGGUUACAUACGUUUCAGGUUACAGUCUCCGCUAACCCAGAAAUAGUACCUCAGGUUAAGAACUUUGCUUCAGGAUGAGAACAGAAAUCGUGCUCCUGCGGUGUGGCAGCAGCAGGAGGCCCCAUUAGCUAAAGUGGUGCUUCAGGUUAAGAACGGACCUCCAGAACGAAUUAAGUACUUAACCUGAGGUACCACUGUACUGGAAAUACUAGCUCCCCCUCUGUGAUAGCAGGACACUUAGCAGGCAGCAUUUUCUCUAAUUGUGACACUGUUCCCUACUUUACUUUUUUCAGAAUUUUAUCAUCAGUAGUAUAGUAAAAAUAAGUACACAAUUCUGUUUUAUUAUUUACAAGGUUCCUCGUGCUUUGUUUUUCUCUAGAUUAAAUUUGUAGAUCCCAAGAUGAAGAAUUGUGCUACAUUGGCAGGUACAGGAGAAGCAAGCAAUGUCAUCGGUUCCAGCUUCACUUCCUCAACUUUCAAUGAACCCGGAGGCCUGUGUGUUGAAGACGGAGGUCGUUUGCUCUAUGUUGCAGACACAAACAAUCAUCAGAUAAAAGUGCUAGAUUUAGAAACCAAAAUUGUUUCACUGGUAAGCCACCUUUAUAGAACUUUAUCUGGGAUUUUCAACUUUGGAUAAGUUAUUAUAGUUGGGUCAUCUUUCAUCAGAUAUCCUAAUGCUACUGCCCAGAUAGCAUGAAGCAUAGCAGUAAAUGCAUUCUCAUAGUGUUUUAUAAUGAUCUGGCAAACUGAACAGCUUUUGUGUUAAGGAUAUCCUGUUAGGCUUAAAAUAAAUGUUCCAUCUGUUUUAAGAGGUUGGAAAGGAUACUAGUGCAAUUAGAGUAAGCAGAGAUACAGAAACUUCAGCUUUCAUUGCACUGUUCAACUUGGAUAUAGGAGACCUGAUUCAAGUCUCAUCUUAAAGAGCAGCCUUAAGCACCAUGUAUUCUCUCUACUUGAUGUCUGUGCCCUCCUCCCCCAGUAAAAUGAAAAUAAUAGGUCCUGCUUGUGAAAAUAAAUGAGAUAAAACACUUAUAAAACAUGUGCAAAGUGCUUCAAACUAUUUAUCAAAUAAAUAGGCCCUCUGUGCUUGGCACAGUAAGUUAACAGACUCCUGCAGAUCAGGUGCUUUCUUCUAAAAACAUAGGAAUUACACCAGUUCUCAUGAUACUGAACUCAGGAAUUGCUCCUUCCCAUCCCCAUUACUAACUAGGCCAGUUUCUCACUGACAUUCAUGUCCAGCUCAUAAUGGUCUUGCUCUAGUACUAGAACUUCACUUUCCCAGUGAAGUCUGGGAACUUAAGGAUAAAGUCUUCACCAUUGCCAGCUCUCCUUGUCACUUCAAAGAAAAAAGAAAAGACUGGGUCUGGCAGAACUCCAAAGCAGCACACUUGUUCCUUCGUAGGAAGUACAACCUGUCUGGAACCAAAGUCUGGACACGACAACAAAUACCCAGAAACAGCAAUAUAAGACUUGUCCAAGGCAGAAUUAGUCAUCAUAGGGUGAUAGUUAAGGCUUACUAAGAGUAGACUCAUUAAAAUGAAUGAACAUGCUAUGUUUGGUCCAUUACUUUCAGUGGGUCUACUCUGAGUAAAACUUAAUUACCACCUUUAACUUUCAUUAAUUUCUCGAUGGCCUUGCACAUACCAGCUUUUGCAUAGGGCUGGGAUAUUAACACCAUACAACAACUCUGGUCCUACAAGAUUACUGAUAGGCAUGAAUUUGUCACAUAGUUUCUAGGAUGGGGAUCAGGUUUCCAACCCUUAACCUCUGGUAAAGUUAUCAGAUUUCCAUCAUUGUUUAGGAAACAUAUGAAGAAGCAUCAAUGACAAACUUGUUUCAAAUUGCUUUGGUUUAAAUAAAUUAACCCAGCUUUUAACAUGGGAGAUAAAUAAGACUGUUCAGUGUACUUCACGUAAAGAACUCUAGCCAAUAUUACAGCCACCUUCAGGUUCUGACUCUGCCUUACUUACAUAUAAGUAUUUUUUCCAAGUUUUAUGAUAAUUUGGGUUUUGUUUUAUAUACCUCUAUAUAUUGUUGUACACUGUCAUGAUAUAUGAGUGAGUAGUUUAUGAAUAUUUUUAUAAAUAAAAUUUUGUAUGGUAAAACUAUUCAAAGGAUUUUUUUUAUCCAUAUGACACUCAUCAGCUGCUACUGAUGCUUCCUUAACAAAUUCCUUAACAAAUUCAAGUGAAUUUUCUUGAACUAAUGGAGCUAAGUAUCUGUUUAGACUAUAAAGCAUUUGCAUCUAAACAAGUCAAAACUGCCAAGAGAAGUAAUAUUUAUUUACUCGUUUGUUUGACAUGAAAGCUGACAAAUACACUGGAAAAGUAUAAAUUGUGCCAGAUUCUGUAAAAUCUCCUUUAUAGUAAUUUGUAACAAGCAGCUUUUGUUUAAAACAUUGUUCAUGUCAUCUUAAGAUAAAGAAAAAACAGUAUUUGAAUGGGUAGCCAUCUUGGUGGCCUCCAGAUGUUGUUGGACUACAGCUCCCAUCCUCCUUUCCACUGGUCCUGCUAGCCAGGGAUGAUGGGAAUUGUAGUCCAACAACAUCUGGGAGCCCAAGACUGAGAAAGGCUGCUUUAUAGUGUUGGGAAUCCACCUCAAUUUAUGCAUUCUCACUGCCUAUCAGAAGUUUCCCCAGGCAUUGUAAUGGAGUGUGGUGCCUGUUCUUGGCCUUGGUUCUCUGAAAUAAGGGAUCAGGCCUAAGGAAGUUUGGUAGAUUUCACAGUGGUUGUUAUUAUUAUAUUUUCUAUACAGUAACAAUAUCAAACUGUUGGCUGUGACUUUUCCAAGUCUUAGAAUAUGACAUUAUACUUCAAAAUAAAUGAACCUUCCUUUCUGUUUCUUUGAUAGCUACCUCUCCAGAAUGCCAACACCGGAGACAUUCAGGAUGGUCCAUCUGUGCAAAAGACUGAUAAGACAAAAUUACCAAAGCUGCCUAAAUCUGCUCCAAAUCUUCAGCUACCUUCACUGACUGUGAGCCCUGGCCAGGCACUUCAAUUUGCACUGAAACUCAGCCUUCCUCCAAAUACCAAACUGACAGAAGAAGCACCCAGUUCAUGGUUUCUCACAUCAGAAGGUAAGGGGCCUCAGUUGCUUUUUAGUGUAAAUAUCUGUUGAGUUUUUUAAUGCUCUUUUAGCCAAGCUGUCACAGUACAUUUAUUUUGAAAUCAGUAGGCUAUGUCAAAAAGGUAAAUCACUAUGUAGCUUUUCUGUUUUGUAGAUUUAACGUAAAAAGAUCCCAUACCUAUUGGAUGAAACCAGAUUCUGGUCAGACCUAUUUGCUUUCAUUCAAGAUGAAAUUGCUGUAGUUUCAUCAUCAGAAUUGUUAUGGGCCAUAAUGUUAUCUUCUAAUGUUUCAGAUAAAUUGCCAGUUUAGGACUGGUGCCCUUCUGCUAGCGGAAAGUUUCUCCCACUCUAAAAAAAACACAUUUUUGACAAAACAGAAGAGCACUGGGUGAGGAAGGUGACCCUAGAUCUGGGGAAGUUUCUAGAUUUGCUUAAACUCUUGUGUAAGACUUUGUACACGCUCAUUAUAAAGACUUAUUUAUGGACCACUAGGGUUUAUACACCACAGCCCAUCUUUUCCAUAUUCACUGUUUUUUAUACUGUAACACUUAUAUGUUCUCAUAUUCCAUUGCAAAAAGUGUGCAAAAGAAUAGCACUGGUGCGUUUUCCCCUUCUGUUCUUGAUUCUUUGAAUCCCAGCCCACAUAUUUUGCUUACCAAAAUAUUAUUUUAUGAUUGAGGUUUCACAAAAGAAGAAAAUACAUCAUUCAAAUUAAGAUAAAACUUGUAACAUAGUGACGGGAUACCUUUUUUUCUAGGCAGUGAAUGGCUGCUUCAUGAACAGGACACAUACGGAGAAAUUGAGGACAUUUGUAAACAGCCUAUAAUCCCAUUGCGAAUACCCAUGAACUGCCUAUCAUCUGAAGUUGUACUGUCAAUCAAAGCGUGCCUCUAUUACUGUAGCAAGGACAGCAGUGCCUGCAUGAUGAAAGGAGUCUCAUUCAACCAGACUUUCCACAUAGCUAAUUCAAGCCAAGGUAGAACAUCUCAGAUUGAGCUUAUAUAUGCAUUUUAACUAAGCCAAAGCAAACAAAAAAGCACUUAUUUAUGUUUUAUUUACUACUGCCUACUUUUAAAACAGGAAUAAAUUGUUUGUUGAUUUGCGAUUUUCCCCUUCCCCCACCUUUUCACUUCUGGUCUUCCAGCAGAGUGUAACAAAUUUAGACAUGUAGUUUGGUGCCAAGUUCACCUUGAAAGCUUGUGGAAAAUAACUCUGAUAAGUGUGAUCAGAUGAAGUAGAAAUGCAUUGUGCUGAAUCAUGCAAAGUGUAAUAAAAUUCUAGUCCUUUAUUUCUUGCAGCAUAAGCAAUAAAUGCAGAAGUGGGUUUGGGUCAUUGUGUGAAUAGUGGAUAAUCUUAACAAGGAACCCAAUACUGUAAUAUCAUAUAAGAAAUUUGCUAUUAAGUAUAGUCAGAUUCAUUUGGAGCUAAACAAAAGCCUAAGUGUAUUUUUCUCCUGGAAUAAAUGGUUGAAAUGUGGAUAUAUAUUUUUCUCGAUUAAAAACACUAUGUUUUCCCCAUAAUAUUUUGUAUUUAAGGAACUGGUGUAUUCUGAAAUGAUCCUAAAGUGAGCUAGGCUUAUUUUUUAUGCAAAUAAGCUCAGUUAUAUAAAACUAACUUAUGCCUUAUGUUUUCUGGAUAACAAUUUAUGAGAGGUCCAUGUUUGUUUUUUAUUACCUAUCUACUUAGCAGUGGCAUUCUGUAUUCUUUCGCUAACUGCCAUGUCUAUUCACAUAUAAUGGUGAAAACUUCAGUAUUUAAUUAUUUUAGGCUAAUUAUUUUAUUAUUUCCUAAUAUUAAGAUUUCUUGUUCAGAUUUUUGGCAGUGCUGUGUUAAAACCAAAUGGACAUUGACCACACUUUGUAUCUAUGCCAGACUUUAUUCAAAGCUAUGGACAUGUUUCCUUAGCACCAUUAUGCUUUACAAAAGGCAUUUCAGUUUUUGAUAGCAUCACUUAGAUUUAUAUGUUACUUUGAAAGUCUUGGGGCAUCAUUAUCAUUGAUUUGUUAAUAAUACUCAAGUUCUUCCAAGAGGCCAUUAAAAUCAUUGUUCACCAAAAUUACUAGUUGCUGGAGUCUAUGAUGGAUUUAACACAAAGCUCAGUGGAAGUAAAUCAAUAAUCUUUGCAUUUGGUUGCCACCAGCCUUACAUAAAGAAAAGCAAAAAUGUUAAACCCGAAUAAACACAAUUGUAAAAGGCUUUUCAAAAUAAGCAUCUUAUAUAUGUUUGAAGAGACAGAUCUGGAUACACAUAUGCACAAUGAUGUGCACCGAAGUGGCAUAUCUUCCUGUGCAAAAGCUAUGAAAAAUCAUAUUUAAUAUACUUGGAGCAGCAUGUUAAUUGUAAUGACCAUUCUUCUGAACUACUUCACAGCUUCACUAACACUCGGAAGUUAAAUUGCUAGAAUACUGGUCUGAGACUUUUCCUGCUCUAAAACUAUCUUAAGAUGUUGCUGAAGAAUUGUCUAAUGUUUGUGGUUGAAGGAGAAACCAUAUGGUGUGGUAUGGCUUUUUUUCCUCUUCACAAUCACUUGCCAGCAUAGCAGAGAGUUAAAGGGUCACUCUAAUACCAAAAAUAACAGUAUUCCUUCCAGCACUGUCUAAAAAUUGAAUAGUUCAGCAGCCUUCCUGGCCUAUCAUUCAGGCCAGGUUUCGGAACUCUUAAGUAAGUUCAUGCAUGUGACAAAAAAAUAAUAGAUACAGAAUUUUCUUUGCUUUUUGAAAGCUUUUUUAAUACAGAGAGAAAAAUGCUCUAUUCCAGAGUGACAAGACAAGGGCAAGUGAUUAGUAAUUCAUUUUUUUAAUAAUGUAAUUUUUUCUGCCUUUUUACAAUGCUCUUUUUAAUUCUUUGUUGGCUAAAAUCCAGGAACCAGAUCACACGUUUUCAAUCACUAGGUUUAAAAAAGAUUUCUGUUUUUCAAAGAACUCUCCACUAAGUCAAACUGUUCUCUUAGCUCAGGAAAUUAAUGGGCUCUGUCCAUUCCCAGUGGACAGGAUACUAAAAAUAUUGAUUUAAGCAAUUCUGUGUAUCUGCAACAAAGUUUUUGUUGGCUAUCAGUAGAAUUAGGAUUAUUGAAAUGCAACAUAUGUGCACUGCAGUAUUUAAAAUCUAGACUUGAAUUUUGUGUUUAAUCUCUCAGUAUCUAUUUUAUAUACAUCUAUGUUUAGGGACUAACAAGCUGCACUGGAGCUUUUUAAAUGCCUGCUGUUUUAUAAACUUUUUCAAACCGAGAGGCUAAUAUAGGUUAACAGCCAGAUGUCCUUGUAUAUGAUUGUGAGAACAUGCUCAUAGAAUCCAAAUCUUCUUAUUCAAACCUUUUUUAAAAAAUAAAAAAAAGUUAUUAGUAGAAUCUAAAAAUAACUUUCUUCUGGAAUCAAUGUUAGUUUGCCUCUUUUUUAUAAGUAAAGGUGAAUUUAUUGCUUUUGUAUAAAAGCCAUUAAGGGUAGGUGAUAAUUUGCCAUUUGCUUUCUACAAAAAGGCCAAAUGUUGCAUUAUCUUCUUAAGUUUACUUAUAUUUAUUUUACUGCAUUUGAUUGGAGCCUUAGUUUAGAGUGUGGAAAAUAAUUUUAAAUUAGUAGUAUAGAAUGGAUUCAGAGUAUAAUUUAGUAGUUAUUAAUAUUAAGUUAAUACAUUUAUAUCUAGCCUUGCUUCCAUCAUAGAACUCAAGAUGGGAUACAUGUGGUUUCCAGGUGACCUUUACAUAAGCAUUCCGGACUUGUUCAGUUGCAGCAAGGUGGCUGCAUCGCUAACACUUUUGAAAAACCAGUUUAAGUAGGCCACUUUAAGUAGUCACUAAAGUGAUUCCUUCUGGAUUUGAUUACAACUCAAAUCAUUUCUGACCUUCAUCAAUGUUGGCUGGGGCUGAUGGGAGUUGGAAGUCCAACAGCAGCUGGAAGGCACUACAUUGGCUAUUCCUAAACCAGACACCAGGGUACUAUGCUAUACAGGUCUUUUCAGAAGUAAGUUCAACGGAGAUAUUCCAAGGUAAGUAAAUAUAGGAUUUCAGCCUUCAUACCAUUCCCCCACAUUGCAAAACCAGUUAUAUUUUUCAACCACUUUCUUUCUGAUCAAGUAGCUUUCAACAUUGACCUUGCAGUUGUUGUGGUCUAAACAUUUUCAAAGGCUGGCAGUCACUUGUCAAAUCUUAGAAAAGUAAGGACUCCAGCUUGGAAUGUUUGUGUAAGUGUAGUUUAUUGAUUAUUUCUUUUACCUCUUUGAUGGCAUACCGAUUUUAAACAUGUCAGAAUGAUUGUCCAGCGAAAAGCCCUAGAGCAAAGGGGGGGGGGGGAUUUCCCGAAUUGUAUCUACCUACCACACUGAUAGCUAUGAGUAAAGUAGUAAAAAAAUGGCAGUACACUUGUACAAAUACUCUGUCAGCCUUAGAACAUUACACUGAAACAAAAUCAAUAAAAUGUGUGUUGCUGAGCUGUUAUUCCCCACCCUCCUAUUUUAGCUUCUCCUUGACAUAAAACUGAACAAACAGGUUCAUGUUGGCCUGGUUCCGACAUCAUGGCGUACCAUAGCUUAAUGUGAUGAGAAUGAACCACAGUGAGCCUCAGGAUCACAUAUUCCCCUCCUCUUCUGCAGUGGCCAUGAGCAGGAAUUCAGAAGCUUUUGCUUCUGGCUUAGAUUAACCGCAACUUGUUUUAAAACCAUAGUUUAUGAAGCUGGCUGGCUUAAGCAAACAGUUGUUUACAUUAAGCAGAUUUAUGGUUUGGACAACCUGCUACACUAUCUGAUUGAAAUUGGAAAUAGAAGCUUUUGAUCUCAUGAUCAUCCUGGAGAUCAUGGGGGAGCACAUGAACCUGAGGAUCACUGCAGGUUGUUCACCUUAUGCUAAACUUAUGCUAAAUCAAUAAGCAACUAUGCAGGUGCUUAAAAAAUGCCACUCAUCACUUAAGCUGUUUUUCACUUUGGGACAUCCUAUUUGUGUGUGUUUUCUGUUUAUCUCUCUAUAAUUUUCAUUUGUUAACAGAGUUGACUAGAAGUAUAGUUUGAAGGUCUAGUCCAGUUUUAUGUGGGUUUGUUUUAUUAAGACAUUUAAACUCUUUCAAGGCACCUAGACUUUGUCAGAUAAAUGACAUAAAAUGAAAAUAUAGUUUUGUUGCUACAGAAGAGGAAGUAAAAUUGAUAGCUUUCCUUUAACUUACUUUCCGUUAAACUAGAGUAAGCUGAAUCAAAAUAAACUGGCUGAGGUCCUUAAUUAAGAUAGGUCUGGAACUGAUUUUGUUUUUGUGUUUUACUAGCAUAUGCAUUAGCAGAAAAUCUCAAAUUGAAAGUCAUAUUCCAGAAGGCAGAAAAUUAUGUAAGAUGAAGGGGGGAAAUAUGAUUUAACCUCACAGUGAACAUCUUGAACUGUUGUUUUACUGUAAUUGAUUUGUUUGUCAUGCUCCUGCUUUUUCAUGAUUAUUCUGAUGCACAAGAAGAUAUUCUCUUCUGAUAGUGACUUAAUCACAAGCAUAAUGUGUGUUUGAGCUAAUGCAGUUUAAUUCUGUAUGUGAUAUAUUGCAAUUAAAGGGCUUUUAACAUCCCAUCACAUUUUCAUCUUUUCACUUUUUGAACUUCAUAUGCAGUUUUUGUUUCCUUUUUUAUUUCUUCACUUUAUCCUGUUUAAAUAUUUUCAAUAAAAUAUGAAUAUUAACCAAAAAAAAUUGAAGCUUUGAUACUAAGAACUUUGGGGUCCAUGGGGCACAGAUAACUUAUGUAUAGUGAUUUUAUUUUAAAUUUAGAUUGUUUUAUUUUUAGAUUUAAAUUAUAUUCAGAGUUAAAAGCUGCCCACUGUUGCUGGUACUUUAGUAAGUUGUGAACGUUAACAGUUGGUUUCAGUUGUAGGAGUUAUAUUUUCUACUACCUGAAACAAAUCAAGCUUCCUACAGCUAGCACUGCUAGGGUAUAGAGAACCUACUUUUCCGAUAUUUCUAGAUUUUAAUUUGCCUCACUUCAAGAUGCUUUAUUACUUCCUCUUCCUCGAAUACUCGAAUACAUCUGAUAAAUUUCUCAAAGGAGUGCAAGAUUCUUUCAGCUUUUGUCAGAGUCAGGUUUGAAUUGUACUGAGGAGAUGCACACAGAGCAACAGAUCAUCUUUCGCUAACAUGGAACAUUCCAGUUGAAAUUCCUCAUUGCAGAGGGUUGGACUAGAUGACUCUUGGUGUACCUUCUAGCACUACAACUUUAUGAUUCUAUGGUUCAGAGUUAAUCCCAGAAUAUAUUUAAGUGAACUGUCGAAUGUGCCUUUGGAAAUGUAAUCUCUGCAAUAAGGGUUGCGAUCUUUUAAAUUUAUAUAAAAAGAACAGAGUCAAAGUAAUAUGUUUGAAAUAUUUGGUAAUUAUUUUACAACAAAGAUAGUUAAUAAUAGAAAAGCUAUAUUAAACCAAGAACUAAAACUGUUUGAGUGUUUUAUUAUAAUUCCAAUUUUUUUGUUCUGUUAUUAUAUUUCUCUUUUGUAUGU